CGAGCCACAGUCCCUGCUCACGGGUGGUUGGUGUCAACACUGUGCAUCGGCAAGACACUAAUGGAAGAAACCGAAUGACGGAUAGAUUUAAAGUAGGAUUUGCGGCGCUGUUUUACUUUUUAGUGUUUUUAAAGAUUUUAGGCUGGUGGUUUGUUACGCGAAAUCCGAGUCUGGGAUUGGUUCAUAUCACGAAGUUCCCAAAAUGAACUUCGUUCUGGUGGUUGUGAAACUUUCCGUGUUGGUGGCUGCAAUCUUCAAUGGGCUGGAAUGUCGAGCGGCGGAACUCAGUCCAGCAUCUCAGUGGUCCAGUGAUGAGUUCAGGAACCUCAGCCUACGGCAGCAUAGAACCUGUGUUGAGAAUGAGGAGUACGCAUACCAAGGACUCUGCUGUCUCAACUGCCGGGCUGGAACCUUUGUGCAGAAGGGGUGUGAAAGAGAGAGAGAACAAGGGACCUGCCUCCCGUGUGAGCCUGGCCAGACUUACACAGAGUACUCCAAUGGAAUGAACCACUGUUUGCCGUGCGCUCACUGCCGCUCCGAUGAGAUUGAAACUGCAUCCUGCACCAGAACUACAAACACAAAGUGCCAGUGCAGACCGGGUACCUUCUGUGUUCCAGACCAGGCCUGUGAGGUGUGCAAACGCUGUACCAAGUGUAAAUCUGGAGAGGAGAUGUUGAAGAAGUGCUCCCCCUUUGCUAACACAGUUUGCCAAAAACAGCACGUUUCCCCCACCGAAACAUCAGCCGCCAUCCCUACGCCGGCGUCUACCUCUCCGGAUGGCGUAGUUGUUGCUGUUUGCAUUUUGCUGGUGAUUGUCUUCAUUGCCCUCGUUGCACUUGCUGUGUCGUGCUUUGUGAUCAAACAGCAUCCGUGCAAAAGAUCAUGUUCAAAGACCCUGUGCGACUCCAGUGAAAUUGUGAAGGUUCCUAUUAAUGAGAACGGAGCCACAGCUGAGGAGAGACAGAACAAUCAGAACGCAGGUCUGGAGGGCGAGGAGCCCCGGCCCGAGUCGCGACCCCUGCUCCAGGAGACCCAGCCUGGAAUAACGACGGCUUUGCCUUCUUUAGAAGAUGAGGAUCGAGGGCUCGGGGACAGUUUGCCCAACACUACCAGCUCCUCGCAGACGAGCCUGUCUGCAAUGCCUACUGCAGUAGGCAGCGCGCCGAGUAACACCCCAGAUCAGAGCCCCGCCGCCCCCAGAGUGCCCGCCGCAGCCACGGAUGAUCCUCUGCAGCAUCGAUUAGUACCGCUACUCGGGUCAGAAAAAUCACUCAGGAAGAGCUUUGAUUUGUUUGACGAGUACCUGGACGUCCGGAUCCAUAACAAGUUCUUCAGACUGAUUGGAGUCAGCGACAACCACAUUCGCAUUGCAGAAAAUGCACGUCCUAGUGAUAAAGUGUACGACCUGCUGAAGAACUGGAUGCAGAGGCAGGGGCUAAAAGCUGACAUAAACGACCUUCUGGAGGUGUUGCUCAGCAUGGACCAGCGGCGAUCGGCUGAGAACAUCGCAUCUGCGGCGCUGCAGAAGGGCUACUACAAGCACGCGGCUGCACCCUGAAAGCUGAAGUCACAGAACGCACACGUGAAGUGAACACUUAAUGCAGGAAAAAGUAAAAGCACGUAGACGCUGUCAGACGAUUGUGUGUCUCAUGGACAGGCCGACCUCUUAUCAGCUGCUCGCCGUCUCUUCAAAAGCCAGUAGUUUGGAAACAAGUGCAACAAAAAGGGGAAGGAUGAGCCGUAAUGAUCAGUUGACUACAACGACUUGCCAAAUGCUGAGGUGUAACUUUGAGUUUCGUGGACAAUAAUAAUAAUAAUAAUAAUAGUACCGCCAUAGAUGACGGUAGGAAUGUUUCAGCAGCCACAAGCAGAAAUGGCAAAAAAAAACAAAUGCAGCCAAAACACUGAGCGACCUGAAGUCUUUUGUGUAGAGUUUGUUGAACACUACCUUGUGAUGAGGAUAUACACUGGUUUGUCAGAGUGGCAUUAGCUGUGCCACUGUGGCGCCAUCAUGCACUGACCACAUCAAUGCCAAGUUUUAGCUGAAACAGUGUGUAAGAGGAUCCUGUUAGACAGGAAGAUGCACAUUUGCAGUGACAAGACCCUAAUAAUCAGUGCUGUCAGACAACCUGAAUUUAUUCUUGGCGUAGAAUUUUCGUCACAGUUCAUGUCAGAUUUUGUGCAGUUUGGUCAAAUUGGAGAAAAUUCAUGUCUGUUUUUGUUUUGGGGUUUUUUUUGGGGGGGGGGGGGGGGGUGGGUUACUACUGAAAUACGGAGUUUCCACAUGCGGUUUCUACUGUUGCUACGUAGCUCUGUAAAAUUAUUGCUUCGUGUUUUCAUGCAACACGGAAACCUUCAAAGGUCAUUUUUAUUUAUUUUUCGUAUUUAUUGUAAUGAGUAAUAAUUGUCCUGCAUUAUUUAUACCAUGAACCAAAAAACAAGCCUGACAAAUGUUAGCAGGGCAAAAUGAGUGACAUCAAAUUUUCUAAGGUGUGGUUAGAACUUACUGUCUGUUUUUCAUGAUUCUGUCACACCUUCUUGCGGCGAUGAAGAGUUGCCACUAUACAAGCAAGCGUUGAUCCGUAUUAUCAGAAAAGAGGUGAUGUCUAAAAAAUAAAAUUAAGAAAUGAGGGUCGACCUGUUGAGUCAAGCUGCCAUCGUUAACCAGCUGCUGUCCAAACUGUCCUGUCCGUGGCAGCGGCGAUCUUGUGAUGCAGGUACAGAUGGUUUCAUCUUGGUUAGUUGAACAUGAUGAAAGAAACACAUUUUCUGGAUUUUUUUUUUUUUUUUUUUUUUUUGAAGGCUAGAUUUAUAUUUACCUUUGUUGUCCAUGCAGACUCGCGUGUCUCACAAAAUGUGUGUAUAUGAAGAUUAAGAAGCUAAAACAAAUAUGGUGAGCUAUGAAGUCAUUGAGGGCGAUGGGUUUGUGAUAUUUUAGACAGUUUUCUGCCUGAUUUCUGCAGUCACAUGUAAAUAGAACACAGAGAAAUAUAUUACUGCUGAUGCUACAGUGCUGGCACUGCCAUCUAUUGACCGACAAUGAAAUUACAGCCUGUAUCAAUUUUUUUUUAACACACCUUCACAUCUUUUUAAGUGUAUCUGUUCAUCUAACAACCUUUUUUUCUGGUCUUUCUUGGUAUAGUUGAGGUAAAGCACAGAGUCUGUUUCAUUGCAUGUUUUGUGUAUUCAGGCAGUCUUUAAAUUUUUGUCUUUCUAUAUUUUCAUGCAGGUUCAAAGAUGGUCAGGUGGUGUGUUUUUUUUUUUGUUUGUUUGUUUGUUUUUUGGAAUGAACCAGUUUGACUUCAUUUUAAAAAGAGGGGGGGGGGGGGGGAACCCUUGUCAUCACAUUUAAGCCAUUUCCUUUAGGUUGUUACUUUGUGGAUUUCAGAUAAAAAAUAAUGCAAAUACAGUGAAACUGUUUGUGUUGGUGCCAGUUUCAAAUAAAUGUUUUGUACAGUU